GUACGACAUGCGAGCUGGCUUCUGGGGAGUCAUGGGUGGACCCAGCCUCGGCAUUCUGCCUGCGAACAUACCGCAGCUGAGGGAGCCAAUGAGGCGGGACUGUGCAGGGGGGCGCACGCGCGUGCUGGUGAACGGGCGCGAGCUGUGCCAGCGGGACCUGGCGCCACUCACACGGCGGGGCAUGCCGGGGGCAGCGCAGCGGCAGUACACUCUGGACGCCUCGGGGCAGCUUCGUGAUGCCGCCUCCUCCGCCCUCGUCUCCCACCUUGGCCACCUCGCCCCCUCGUAUGCCUCUUCCUGCUGCCUCCUAUGCCCCUGCUGGCUCUGUCCUAUGCCCCUGCCUGCUCUGUUGUAUGCCUCCCCCCUUGCUCCCUCGUGUGCCCCUCUCCCUCCUUGCUCCCUCGUGUGCCCCCCUCCCUCCUUGCUCCCUCGUUCGUAUGGCCACCUCAUAUUAUCACCUCGUAUGGCCACCUCAUAUUAUCACCUCGUAUGA